UAUCGACUUUUGUUAAUUGUAUGACCUUGACGUGACCCUCUUUGCUGGAUUGCAUUUGACAACUUGCUACUGUUAGUUCGACCACCCUGCAUGCCAUCCUUCACAGAGGCCAGGAGGUCAUGUGACCCAGCCCCCUCACCGAAACGUAUUUGUGACGUGUUGCCCUCGGGCCUCCUCAUAUGAGGAGCUUCGGGACCCGGAGAGGAGACCACCCGUGCCAAUUGUGAUGAGGAUGAUGAAGUACUGGCUGUGGGGUCUUGUGUGCGGCACCUCCUUAAUGCUCGGCGACGUGUUGGCCACCUACCAGAUGAAUGCACAGAGCUUUGCGCACAGCAGAAACAAUGGACGACCACCCACGAGGACGCUCGACCCAGCAAUUCACAGAGGUGACUACACGUAUAGAGGAGAUUAUCACUACCACUACCAGCCACCGAGGAUCUCUCCACCGGUAGUGUAUCGACCUUUUCCAUUAUCUCCUCCAGUGACUUACCACAGACCCUCGGUCCCUAUGUGGUCCUAUCCGCACAAAUUCAAAGGGCAUCUACAGGUGCCCCAUGGUCUUACCCCACCUGUAGUGCACCACCCUCAACAUAUACCCAAAGGUUAUUAUUACCCCAAAAUCCCGUGUCCGACCAGAUCCACGGUGGCAACUAAACCUUUGGUAGAUCUCUCAACCGUCCCUCCAACCCAACGACUAACCACGACGGCACCGACUGUGCCGCCGACGACGACCGCAAGCACCACGCCAGCAGCGAGCACCACUUUGGCACAGUGGAGAGCACCGGUCAGUACCCAAAGCGGCUUCACCACCAGUCCUGUGAAGACAGAGUCACCAGAGUCUGAGUGCACGAGCCGCCUCUUGGACCUGGUCUUCAUCAUUGACAGCUCACGGAGCAUCCGCCCCAGUGAUUUUGAGAAGGUCAAGACGUUCCUGGCGCUUAUGGUCGACACGUUGGUGGUUGGCACGGACGCCACCAGAUUGGCCGUGGUCAACUACGCCAGCACGGUCAAGAUCGAGUUCCUGCUUAAAGACCACUUCAACAAGGCCGACAUGAAGAAAGCCAUCUCCCGCAUCGAGCCCCUGGCCGCCGGCACCAUGACGGGCCUGGCCAUCGAGACGGCCGUCAAGGAAGCUUUCACCGAGGAGUCCGGAGCCCGGCCUCAUUCUCGGAACAUUGCCAAAGUGGCAAUCAUCGUGACGGACGGGAGGCCUCAGGACCACGUGGAGGAGAUCUCCGCCACGGCCCGCGCCCAAGGCAUCGAGAUCUACGCUAUCGGGGUGGACCGCGCCGACAUGGCGUCUCUGAAGCAGAUGGCCAGCUUGCCUCUGGAAGACCACGUCUUCUACGUGGAGACCUACGGUGUUAUUGAGAAGCUCGCCUCCAAGUUUCGGGAGACCCUGUGUGGUAUGGACCCCUGCAGCACCGGAAACGACUGCGAGCACAUUUGUGUCAACAACGUUGCCUCCUAUUACUGCAAGUGCCGCACCGGUUAUAUCCUCAAUGCCGACCAGAGAACAUGUUCCCUGAAACAGGUGAAGGCGGUGGUUGUGGAUCCAUGCAAGUGUGAAGCCAGACUGGCUUUCCAGAAGCAGACGCAGGUUACCAUGCAGCAGCUUACUGCCAAGCUCGCUGACGUAGCAGGGAGAAUAGAACGCCUUGAGGAGGCGCUGGGCCGUGUGUGACGCUCGACAAAGGGGUUAGUGUCGACGCUCAGUGAAAGACAGUGUGACCCUUUCCAUUUAUUUGCUUUACAUGCACAGUGGGGUGUCGGAGACAUGGACCGCUGCAAGGCGCACAUGUGCUGCUCCAUAGCUGCUGGAUGGAUGUCAAGCAUUUGUGGAGCGUGGAGAAACUAAUCACGUCUACCG